AACCCAAAACCCAGAGAAGCCAGAGGUUUCCUCGUUCUCUUCUUCACCGUUAAUCACUGUUCGAGCUUCUUCCACUGCCUUCGUCGAGACCUCCCCAACUAUGAGUAUAAAUGAUGAGUCCCAAUUUAUGGAGGAAAGAGGAGAAGAUGCAACAGCUUGAUUGUAUAUUUAUAAACAUGCUUGAUUGUAUAUUUAUAAACUAUGCAUAAUUAACUAGUUCUAGUUGCUUUGAUAAAAAGUUAAAAAAAAAAAAAAAAUCUAUUUACGGGUUUUAAUGGGUUCCAACGGAAAACCCACAAACCCGCCGGGUUUGGCCUGCGAAACCCGUUAAGCUAAUGGGUUCUUACCGGGUCGGCCCAUUAAGAACCCGCACCGUACCCGCACUAUACCCGCACGUUGCCAGGCCUACUCAAGCCCACCCGACCCCAGCUGCCCAACCUUUCUUCUUUGAGUUCUUUCCGUAGCCUCCUCAAGUCCUCCCCCCAGCGAAACCAUGGUUUUUCGUUGCUUCAUGCUUGCCUCUCCUCAUUCCUCUGAAUCUCUGAUUAACUCGAAGUGCCAUAAUUGAUUCAAUUGAAUGCAUGGUUCAAAUGCUCAACCUGGAUCCCAAUAUUUAAUGAUGUUGAUGAGAACAAAUGUUCGAGUCCAUUGUUAGAGUAGCUGAAAUCUACUGCUUUCGAAGGGUAUCUGUUAAUCAGGAAAGAGCUCCAGGCUUUGGUUGGAAGCACUGAUUGAGAGUUUGGAGAGUGUUUUGGCAGCCAUGGCUGCGACCAAGACUAGGACGAGUAGCUUCUCUCGCAGUUUUUCGGGUGCAAGCUCACCUCAAAUCCCAGGACUCAAGCAUGGACCCAAUGGCACAAUGUUUGUUUCAUCUGGGAUUCCAGACCUUGACAAAAUUUUAGGUGGUGGUUUUGCUCUAGGAAGCCUAGUAAUGGUGAUGGAAGAUGCAGAAGCACCUCAUCAUAUGCUUUUACUUAGGAAUUUCAUGUCUCAAGGACUCGUUCACAACCAACCCCUUCUCUAUGCAAGCCCAGCCAAGGACCCAAGACAGUUUCUUGGUACUUUGCCUAGUCCAGCGGUACCCAAAGAUGAAAAGUCUAGUCAUCGAGACCCUGAUCAGGAGAAAGGGUUGAGGAUAGCUUGGCAAUACAAGAAGUAUUUUGGUGAAAAUCAGCAGGGUUUUGAUAGUCAAAAUGGGAAACAUGAGUUCAGCAACAACUUCGACUUGCGGAAGCCCUUGGAGAGGCAGUUUCUUACGGGCAAGCGAAUAGAUUGUGCUAGCAUUCUUGAUUCUCCAAAUCUUGUCACACUUUAUGAUCGUUGUGCUACAUUUUUAUCACAAUUUCCAAGAAGUGACAGCAACAUUUCUUGUGUUGGUCGUAUUGCCAUUCAAUCAUUCUGUGCUCCACAGUGUGGAUAUUCCAGCCUGGAAUGGGACAUGCUUUCCUUCCUUAGAUCUCUAAAAAGCAUGCUACGAUCUUCAAAUGCAGUUGCUGUUGUGACAUUUCCGCCUAGUCUUCUUUCAUCAUCCUCCUCUACAAGAUGGCAGCACAUGGCAGACACCUUGCUGUCAGUUAAAGCAAUUCCAGAUGAGGACAAGGAAUUGGCAACGCUCCUUACUGGUUACCAGGACAUGGUUGGCCUUCUUAAUGUGCAGAAAGUAGCGCAAAUUAACACACAGGUUCCUGUCAUUCUUGAGGCAACAACUUUCUCAAUAAAGCUGCAAAAGCGGAGGUUUUUGGUUUUAGAAUGUCUAAACCAGGCCCCUAUCGAUGGUUCUAGUGGGAGUUCAUAUGGCACUUCUGGUAGUUGUUCUGGGUCCUCUAAAACUGGAUAUCUUGAUUUUUAGUUCCUGACACUGUCAUAGUGGAGAAAUUCAGUCUUUAGAGUUAAAUCUAAAAGUCAGCCAUCGUUGCAGAUAACUUCAUUUCUGUUUGUACCAGAUACUAGUUUUCAGUUCUUAAUUUUUGUUUUUGAUGAA